ACUGGAGGCGCUUGAGAGUAGACCGCUUGGAGAGUGGGAGCGCAGUCGCACGUUAUCCAUCGCCUGGUGUAAGAUCUCCCGUCACUCUGCCACGUCUGGGAUCUUCCUUUAUAUAGACGAGAGACUCAACAAAACCACUUCACUCAACGCGGAUCCAGAUUGUUCUCUUUUUCCUCUUUUUGCCCCCUCUCUCCUUUUUUUCCACCCCCCUGAUCUGGCUUAACCAUCCUGUGUUUUGUAUAGGCAAUUGUUGGUGCGCAUCAUCGCGGGAGCCAAAAGGAGGUUUACCACUGUUAGGACACUACGGCUGCUGGAGCGUCAUGACAGCUGAGAAGAGCGGGCCCGUUAUAAACGGUAAACCAGAGGAUGGCAAAGACCCGGAAGGGUCCAGCUCCAGCAUAGACAACGGGGACUACAAUGAGAGAGGCCAUUGGAACAACAAGAUCGAGUUUGUCCUGUCUGUGGCUGGAGAGAUUAUUGGUUUGGGAAACGUUUGGAGGUUUCCUUACCUCUGCUACAAGAAUGGAGGAGGUGCGUUCUUCGUUCCAUAUGUCAUCUUCUUCGUGUGCUGCGGUAUCCCUGUGUUUUUCCUGGAGACUGCUCUGGGUCAGUUCACCAGUGAGGGAGGCAUCACCUGCUGGAGGAAGAUCUGUCCGCUGUUCGAGGGCAUUGGUUAUGCAACACAGGUAAUUGAAGCUCAUCUAAACGUGUACUAUAUAGUGAUCCUAGCCUGGGCCAUCUUCUACCUCUUCAACUGCUUCACCACUGAGCUGCCGUGGGCUGGCUGUGGGCACUACUGGAAUACAGAAUACUGCGUUGACUACUACGGAGAAAAUGCCACCAACAUCACAAACCCCAAUGCAUCUUCUCCAGUCAUCGAGUUCUGGGAACGCAGAGUACUGAAGAUAUCAGAUGGUAUCGAGCACAUGGGGGGAGUGCGCUGGGAGCUGGCCAUGUGUCUGGCCUUGGCCUGGUUCAUCUGCUACUUCUGCAUCUGGAAGGGGCCCAAGUCAACUGGCAAGGUUGUGUACGUGACAGCUACAUUUCCGUACUUUAUGCUGUUGAUUCUGCUAAUCAGAGGAGUAACGCUGCCUGGAGCGUAUGAUGGCAUCAAGUUCUACCUCUACCCAGACAUCUCACGCCUCUCUGACCCUCAGGUAUGGGUUGAUGCUGGAACCCAAAUCUUCUUCUCCUACGCCAUCUGCUUGGGUUGUCUCACUGCUCUUGGAAGUUACAAUGCCUACAACAAUAACUGCUAUAGGGACUGCAUCAUGCUGUGUUGUCUGAACAGCGGCACCAGCUUUGUAGCAGGUUUUGCCAUCUUCUCUGUGCUUGGAUUUAUGGCCUAUGAACAAAAUGUUCCCAUUGAGGCUGUGGCAGAAUCUGGUCCUGGUCUUGCAUUUAUUGCGUACCCCAAGGCUGUAACCAUGAUGCCUCUGUCUCCACUUUGGGCUUGCCUCUUCUUCAUGAUGCUCAUCUUCCUCGGCUUGGACAGUCAGUUCGUGUGUGUAGAGAGUUUAGUGACAGCUGUGGUGGACAUGUACCCAGAGACCUUCAGGAGAGGCUAUCGCAGAGAGCUGCUGAUCCUCGGCAUGUCUGUGGUGUCCUUCUUCAUAGGACUCAUCAUGUGUACGGAGGGAGGGAUGUACGUCUUCCAGCUCUUUGAUGCAUACGCAGCCAGUGGGAUGUGUUUGCUGUUUGUGGCCAUAUUCGAGUCCAUAUGUAUUGGCUGGGUGUACGGUAGUGAUAGAUUCUACAUGAAUAUUGAGGACAUGAUUGGAUAUAAACCUGUCUUCUUCAUCAAAUGGUGCUGGAUGAUCCUGACCCCGGGCAUCUGUGCUGGAAUAUUCCUGUUCUUCCUGAUUAAAUACAAACCGCUGAAGUACAACAACGUAUACACCUACCCUGACUGGGGCUAUGGUAUCGGCUGGUUCAUGGCCAUGUCUUCAAUGGUCUGCAUCCCUCUGGGGAUUAUCUGGAUGAUCUGGAAGACUCCUGGCACCUUUGCUGAGAGAAUGAAGAAGUUGACGACUCCCAGCCCAGAUCUGAAAAUGAGAGGGAAACACGCCGCUCUCAGUCCUUAUGCUGCCAACGACGCAAAAAUGAAGGUUGAUGGGAAAAUAUCCACCAUCUCAGAGAAGGAGACGCAUUUCUAACUGACCGCUGUCUGACUGACCAAGCUGCCUGAUGUCUUUACGAUAGGUCGAACACACAAAAAUUACAGCAAACUACAACCAUAUUAUUCACCACUACACAAAACAGGAAAGAAACAAAUGACUCGGAGUGUUAUUUUUGUUUUGUAAAAAAAAAGAAGAAAAAAAGUUAUGAUAUGAUUAUGUAGUCUGCUUCUGUUUUGCACAAACUUUAAUAACACAUUUGUUGUUUUCUGUUAACUUUGUGACUAAAGCAGCUGUUUCUUUCUUUUUUUAACCACUAAUAUUUUAAAAUCUGUUUGGUGACAUACAAUAUAUGGUUAAAACUUGUCCUGGUACCCUGUCAGUACUGGUCACACUAGUGUCUGUGCCUUUAGAGCAAUACCAAUGUGUUGUGUUGUAAAAGGCUUACACUGUACAUUUAUUGGCAAAGUGCUGUGCCUCUAUCUUAGGUACUAGGUACCCAAAUGUGAUCUAAGAUGUAGCAGCUUGGGGACCUUUCUACAUAGUUUUGUGUGUUCAGACAGGAUACGUCAGUAGUACUAUAGAGGGCACUGAAUAUAAAAGUCAAACUAUGAGUUGUAUAUAUAAAGAGUUUACCAUUCCAAUCUAGGACACUCUGAAACAGUGUGACUGUGAGGGCUGUGAAAUGUUUUUAGGCCUUAUGUGAUGUGAUCUAUAUUCACUUGAACCCAGUGUUGUUGCUAAGCAACAUAAGCAAAAACUCUUACUGGAUGUAACUGAAUGACAUGAUUGGGUUAUUGAUCAUCGUGUUGGGUUAUAUUGAGUCCUUCAGGGCUUUGCUGGUCUCCAUGUCUUUUGGAAUUGUUGUUUUUACACAUUAAAUGUACAUUAUACAUUAUUGACAAAUCCAAACAGGUCUAGGGUGUUAAACGCUGUCAAAAGGAUCCCUGCUGUUUUAGCCAUUUUAAUUUUUACCUCUAGGUUUGAGCUGAACAUGUUCACAUGACUGCAAACAGCUGCAGCGACUCGCAGGCUGAGUCUGAAACACACCUCUCUCCUCCAGCUGCCCUCCUCUAAGUCAUGGAUAUCUGUCAUUUCACAGUAAUUAUGCUGAGCCUAACGCAGAGUGACAGACAGACAUGCUUCCACCCCUGCAUUUUACUUCCUGCUCCGCCUGUAGAAAAGACGAUGGACGCCCAUCACUUGAGAAUUUCAAAACCCUUCUGUCCUCUUAUCCUUGUUCUUUAUAUUCUUUUCUCUUGUCCCUCUCUCUCUCUCUUUUCCCCCCGCUGUUCUUUUUUAAUCUUCACCCUCUGCUUAUCUCCGCCUCUCUCUCUUCAGCUUCUUUUCAUCACAUGGAAGGCGAAAACAAUGACAUGGGUCAUUCAGUCUUGCUAUUUAUUAAUGCAAUGGAUUGUGCUGUUUCUCGGUGACCCUUUCUGACAUUGUCAAAUCCCAUCUAUAGAUGUAGGACUUUUUUUUAAUAUGCCAUCUGAGCCACUUCAGGGGUGAAAGCAUUCUCUAUCCCUGUCAUCCUUUUAAUUGUGGUAAGAGUCAGUGAGCUGGUCUCAUUGUUCAGAUCGAUCUCAGUUCAUUACAUCUUCAUCCAAUCAGCAUUCGAAUCAUUCGGAGUUUUCCUUGGUCCCUUCCUUGCUUUUUCCGACUUUCUCACUUCCCGUUCUUUCUUUCCUUGUUCCCUGUUGCCUGAUGAAAUGCAAUCUGAGGAGAACAUCUGAGGGGAUAAAAGUCAAGCUUCUCUCUUUACAAUUUUUCAGGAGGAGGCAAAGAAAGCAGGGGAAGAAAUAAGGAAAUGAUGAGCUGAGGAAGUGUGUGAUCGAGUAAGUAACGAGGGAAAUAGAGGAAGUGUCUAGCAGUUGAAGCCCCUCCUGUAAAAGCUGUGACAUAGUCUUAAACAUGUGAAUGGUCCCUCUGGUGUGGUUGCAUUUAGACAUUCUCCUCACUGAUGUUUGUGCAAGUAAUAGUUGUGUGCAUCGGAAAUGAUAGUCUGCUGUUUAACACUGACCAUGUUGAUGUAUAUUUCUACAUCUCUUUGUAGAAAUAUGUGGUCUGUUUCUUGAGAUGAAAAAUGUUUCAAAAAAUUUGCUGUAAUAAAAAGAAUGCAUCGUUUGUUUUGACUUUUGAUAUGCCGCUCAAAAGAUCUUGUAUUAGAAAUAUAAUGAAAGGUGUUUUACUGUUCUGUACUAUUCUACACACAUUUUGGUAUUCACAGGACACAUGAACUGUCUGCUUACUCAUUUUUAAGAAUAAAUAUUAUAAAGGAAAACUGA